AUGUGCAUACGAGCAGAGGCUAGGGGUUCCUCGGAGUCCAACGGCCUAUCACCUGUCUCACAUCGGCGCUCGGCAUUCCAACCAAGAGAUCAUCUUGAAAGUCUGAUCACCAAGCACGGCUACCCCACACCUGUGUCACUUUCCUCCCUGCGAGAUUUGACUUCCACCUCCUCUACUUAUACUCCUCCUUCGCCGCCUCGGUCCCGGCAUUCGGAUACUGUUCCGAGCGACGCCUUUGACUCACUUACCUUAUCCUCAUCCACGAGACCCAUUCCCAUCCCACGACGUUCAGGGUCAUUAUACGAGGACCUCCCAGUCACACCACUCACUGGUCGUUUUGAUCACGACUCGUAUUUCGAGGAUUGGGAGCGCGCGUCUCAAUCCGCCAAGUUCCGACGACUUCCUUCACCAAUCCGGCCUACCCGUCGCGGGCGGUAUCCAUCUCAGCCCCCGAAGACCUCAUCCUCGGCAAGAAUGCGUUCUGAUACCUCACCAUACUACUCUCCCGUGGCUUCGCCUAUCAUGUCACCACGACGCUCCAACUCCCCCCAACCAAGUCGCUCUCGCGCACAGAACCCCGCAAAGGCCAAGCAGACUCAAAACUUCCAUCUCGGCAGUCUGCCUCGGUUCCAUCCUGCCGUGUAUCAGUCAAGCAACACUUCGCACAACCCUACCGCUCAGCCUCCAUCGCCUCGCCAAUCCCGACAGCCCACCUACCGCACGGCAGCCGGGUCGCGCGACAUGAUGUGGCAAUACCGCGAGCUCAUCGAGAGUACCCACCAAGGUCCCUCGGCGCCUCGCUUGAACCCUCUGGUCAGCCCGGGCCCGGUCACGCCCUUGGCACUGGAGGCAGGUGACUACCUCGCUCAUGGCUCGAUGAACAACACAUCUGAGCGGACCCCACGAGAUGUCGCAAAGAACACCGGUUCUCCUGCUGAGCUGGUGGAGAAGCUCCUUGCUUACGAAGAGAAAGCUCGGCAGCUGACUCGAAAAUCCGCCAAGGGCCGGUAG